AUGAAUGUCUCAACCCUGGUGUUUUCCAUCAACGGGACCACGUGUGUGAACGUGGCUCCGGGGAAGGAGUCCACCUGUCCAUCCGAGGUCCGGAAAGGUGGGAUUCGGGACAGAUUGGAGUCCCCAAUUAUCAGGUGGGUCUUCCGGACGCAGAGGGACCAGUCUUCUGCUUUCCUCUUGGUCUGGAUGUGUGAGGUCACCGUGUGCGUCUCGCUGCUGGUUUUCCUGUUGUCGCUGUCUGAGGGGCUGAAGUUGGUGGAGAGGAUGUCCCCUGAGGAAAGGUGCUUCCCACUGGGGACCAGCCGAGUCCGUUGUGAUUCCCCCAGCCCGGAGAAGGUAAAAGCUGCGGCCCCCGGCGUGUCUUUUGCCUUUGGAGAGGCAGUCUGGACCGGGGCCGUGGGCCCCACAGUCCAGGAGGGGGCCGGUUCCGGGCUCUGUGCCGGUUCCACCCGGCUCCGUUUGCGUUGCGGCUGUGCGCCGAAGGCAGGAAGAGGGCGGCGGGUGCUGGCCGGUAUUUUGGCGUAUGAGGGACCCCUCGGAAUUUGGGUCCACGGGGUUCCUCCACCGAAAGAUUCUGCGGUCCCCUUCCUCCUCCGUUCAGCUCCACAGGUCAUCCAGGCCUUCUGUCCAGCUUCAGCUGUUGAUUUUCUGCCCUGCAGAGAGGAAAUAACACAGAGCAGAGAGGUUACAGAGCUCAAAGUGGACCUCUUUACAUCAACAGCAGCACCAGAGGGAGGACACCCCAAAGAACCCCCCCUCUCUGAUCUGAUCCGGACCUCAGAGGUUCUUCUGAGCCAGAGGAUUCUCUUAAACCUGCCCAACUUUCAGCAUCAGAUGUAUCUGAGGAUGUACUAA